GUGAGUCUUCCAACCCUCAGAUUUUCAGCGAUGCAAUUCGUUUCACUCGGCCGUUGUUUGAUAUUGGCACAUCUCUCGGAUUUAACAUGAAGCUGCUAGACCUGGGUGGUGGGUUUCCCGGAAGAUUGUACCCAAAGGCAACCUUCGAUAAGUUUGCAGACGUCAUCACCCGGGCACUAGACGAACAUUUCCCCGCCAGCAGUGGCGUGCGAAUUAUUGCCGAACCGGGAACAUUUCACACUCGUUCAGCAGGAUACCUAGUGGCGAAUGUCAUUGCCAAACGUGUGAACAAAGUUGACAUCAAUGAACGGCGUGAAAGAGUAUCAGAUGGCGAUGAACCGUUCAUUUGGAUAUACUACUUGAACGUUGGUGUUUUCAAUGGA